AUGGCGAUUGGAGGCUGUUUUCCCCCCCUCCCCUUCCCCGCUGCAGCCGGCGAGCAGCCGCAACCGGCGCGGCGGCACCGCGGAGAACGCACCGGAGGGAGGGACGAGGGCGAGCUGUGUCCCCCCCCCCCCCGGCAGCAAAUCGCCUCCGGCGGUAGCCACUGCCCGGCAGCGAUGCAGCCCCCGGAGCCGGGUCGAGCCGGUGGAGGCCCUUCCAAUGGCACCUGGUGGCCCAACUCCAGUGCCAGCCACCUCCUGAGGGAGAACUACACCUUCCUGGCAUACUACCAGCAUUCCUCCCCCGUGGCCCUCAUGUUCAUCCUGGCUUACACCUUCAUCUUCCUCAUGUGCGUGGUCGGCAACGUCCUGGUGUGCUUUGUCGUGGUGAAGAACCGCCAGAUGCGCACGGUCACCAACAUGUUCCUCCUCAACCUGGCCAUCAGCGACCUGCUGGUGGGCAUCUUCUGCAUGCCCACCACCCUGGUGGACAACCUCAUCACAGGUUGGCCCUUUGACAACACCAUGUGCAAAAUGAGCGGCCUGGUGCAGGGCAUGUCUGUCUCCGCCUCUGUCUUCACGCUGGUCGCCAUCGCUGUGGAGAGGUUUCGUUGCAUUGUCCACCCCUUCCGGCAGAAGCUCACGCUGAGGAAAGCCCUGCUGACCAUCGCCAUCAUCUGGGUGCUGGCCCUGAUCAUCAUGUGCCCUGCUGCCGUCACCCUGACCGUCACCAGGGAGGAACACCACUUCAUGGUGGACACCUACAACAACUCCUACCCUCUCUACUCUUGUUGGGAGGCCUGGCCCGAGACGGGGAUGAGGAGGAUCUACACCACUGUCCUUUUCUCCCACAUCUACGUGGCUCCCCUUGCCCUCAUCGUCAUCAUGUACGCCCGCAUCGCCUUCAAGCUCUUCAAGUCAGUGGCGCCUGCCCACGGUGGAGAGGAGCUGGAGGGGAGGAGGAUCUCCAGGAGGAAGGUCAAGGUCAUCAAUAUGCUCAUCAUUGUCGCCCUCUUCUUCACCAUCUCCUGGCUGCCCCUCUGGACGCUGAUGCUGCUGACGGACUAUGGGCGGCUGAGCGAGGGCCAGCUCCGCCUGCUCACCGUCUACGUCUACCCGUUCGCCCACUGGCUGGCCUUCUUCAACAGCAGCGCCAACCCCAUCAUCUACGGCUACUUCAAUGAGAACUUCCGCCGGGGCUUCCAGGAGGUCUUCAGGGCCCCCCUCUGCCAGCGCAGGCCCUACACCCCCCGGAGCCACGGCCGCGGGACCCUCUUCGACACCCGCAACCGCAUCUUCACCCAGGCGCCAACCAGCGACUCGCCAGCCGCCUCCAAGUCGAGGCUGCCGGCCCCACGCCGCGCCGGUGUCCCUGCGUGGGAUGGCUGA